GGGAAUUGGUGGUCUCAAGGGGAAGGGGGAGGACUCCUUCGCGCUCUCUGCCUUUUUAAUUGUGAGGCCUUUAGGUUUCUAUUUCGACAUUCCCACAGGCUAGCCGCAGGCCUAGGCCAGGCCGCAGAGCUAGGAGUAGGAGGUGAAGAGAGCGCAUGGGCCUACCCGCGACGUAUGAGAAAUGCCCUUCUAUGCGGGUGCCUGCUGCGCUCGGCCAAUGAGCGGGAGGCUUGCUGGAGGGUGCCCGCGCGGCCCCGAGGAGUCUAUAAAAGGAAGCGGCGCGGGAACGUGCUUUUCCGCCUUCGGGUAGCGCCGAACUGCCGUGUCUGCUCGUCCGUCAGGAACUGCGCGGGAGGGGCGGAGCAGCGGCUGACGACUACGGCCACAAGAGGCUCGUGGAACCGGAUCGCGGGGUCGCCUGAGAUCGUGAGGGGAGCGGCUCUUUAAACGUUCGAGGCAGCGGCAGCAUCGACCAUGGCUGAGGUGGAGCACCAGUUCGGCGCCACCCAAAAUGGGCACGAGGCUGCGGCGGCGGCAGCAGCGGCCGAGGGUUCCGCCAGCGGCGGCGAUGAGGAGCAGCAGCCGGACCAGCAGCUGGAGGAGGAGGAGGAAGAGGAGCUGGCGGCGGUGGCCGUAGCCGAGGAAGAAGAGGAGGAGGAGGAGGAGGCGGCGGCGGCGACGGAGGAAGAGGCGGCGGCGGGGCAGUCGGAGGCUUCGGCGGAGGCCGCUGGGAGCCAGAACGGAGCCGAAGGCGACCAGAUCAACGCCAGCAAGAACGAGGAGGAUGCGGGGAAAAUGUUUGUUGGUGGUCUCAGUUGGGAUACAAGCAAAAAAGACUUGAAAGACUACUUUACAAAAUUUGGUGAAGUGACUGACUGCACAAUAAAGAUGGAUCCUAACACAGGCAGAUCAAGAGGUUUUGGAUUCAUUCUGUUCAAAGAGGCAGCAAGUGUUGACAAAGUUUUGGAACAGAAAGAACAUAAAUUGGAUGGCCGAGUGAUUGAUCCUAAAAAGGCAAUGGCAAUGAAAAAGGAUCCUGUGAAGAAAAUAUUUGUUGGUGGACUUAACCCAGAAGCAGCAGAAGACAAAAUCAGAGAAUAUUUUGGAGAGUUUGGAGAGAUUGAGGCAAUUGAACUACCAAUGGACCCAAAGACCAAUAAAAGAAGGGGGUUUGUGUUCAUCACCUUUAAAGAAGAAGAUCCAGUGAAAAAGAUUUUGGAGAAAAAAUUCCACAAUGUCAGUGGUAGCAAGUGUGAGAUAAAGGUUGCACAACCGAAAGAAGUGUAUCAGCAACAACAGUUUGGAUCUGGGGGUGGCCGAGGAAGAGGUGGAAGAAGAGCUCAAAGUCAAAAUUGGAGUCCAGGUUAUGGCAAUUACUGGAACCAGGGUUAUGGGAGUCAAGGAUACGGCUAUCAGGAAGGUUAUGAUGGCUAUGGAGGCUAUGAUUAUUCAGGAUAUGGGUAUUUUGGAUAUGGACCGGGCUAUGAUUACAGUCAAGGCAGUUCAAAUUAUGGGAAAGCUCCAAGACGUGGUCAUCAGAAUAACUACAAGCCAUAUUGAUCAAAAAGGUAUUCAGGUAUGCAGUGGCACGCUGUAAUGCAGAAAACAACUGCAUAGGUUUUGUACUCAAUGCUGUAGAUGGACAUUACAAUUAUGUACCAAAAUUAACUUUACAAUACAUUUCUAUGGCCUGUUAUGUGUAUCUGAAGAGCUCCCUGGAAAUGUCUUUGUUUAAUAUUUACAGAUAAUAGUUGUCUAGACAGUGUGGUGUGUAAAUUUCAGCCUUGCUGAAGAUUAAUGAUUUUAUUGAUAGGUUAAAUUGAAACUGAUUUUGAUGGUCUGCUUAAA